AUGCAAAACUAAAUAACUUAGAUAGCUUCAAUAAAAGUAAGAUGUGAUAAAUGUAAUCGAAAAAAUGAUCUCAUUUCUUAAUGCUGUGUUUUAACAUCACAGACAAUAAAUCAAAUUUGCUGUCAUUCAUGUGUGAAGAUUUUAUAAAAAUAACAUAAAUUUCAAGUUGAAUAGAUAUGUGAUAUUUUGUAAGAAUGCUAAUAAAUUAAAUUGUUCCUCUCAUAACAUAGUAUUGUAGAAUUAGCCUCUAAUUCAAUUUUUGUUAAUACUCUUAAUAUUUCAGAUCCUCUAAAAUAAUUACUUGAAAAUUCUAAAGAAUUUUAUGAAAGUAUCAAUUUCAAUGAAACAGAUUUUUAAAAUUAUUGUAAAAAUAGAAUCUUUUAUAAACAAUUAUUAGAAAAUGAAACACUAAAGCAAAACAUUGAAAUUGCUUAUAAGAAUUUAAAAAGCAUUAUUAAAUAAUAUUUUUAUGAUGAGGAAGGGAUACCAAUUUUAUCUAUCUCUAUUCCAAAAACUAAGUAUUCAAUUUUAUAUUCUCAAGUUUUAUCCCAUUAUUUUCUAAUAUUAAAAUAUUAAACUUAAUCAGGAUAUUUAUCUGAAAUAAAUAAUAAAAAAGUAGAGAAAUAAAUAAAGAUUGAUGGAUAUGAUCCUACAAUUAUUGUAUCAAUUUUUGACUUUAAAAGCAAAACAAAUAUCUAUGAAGAUGUUUUGAUUCAAACAUAAAAUUUAAAAUAUUUAACACAAGAUUUAAUUAAAUCUUAUAUAUUAGAGUAAAGUAACAUAAUUUAUGUUUGUGUCGAAAAUGAUUAUUAUUAGAUCAAUUUAAAUCCUAAAUCACCUCCCAAACAGAUCAAUUAUGUAAACUUUUAAGUUAUUGGGGAGAAUCUAAUCUUUUUAGCAUAAAAUGCUUUACUUAAAUUUGACCCUAUCGAUUAUGAAAUUAUUCAAAAAUAAGAAAUUUUUGAAAGAAAUUGGUCAAAUAAUGAAUUUUUGAUUUCUUACGAUAAAAAAAUAAAUUCUUUUAUUAUUUAUCAUUAACCCUGUGAAAAUUAAAAUGAAAUAUUUGAAAUUAUACAAUUAAAUUCCCUACAAUGCUCUAAAAGAAUUAUUUUUGCUAAUUUUGAUAGAUAUUAAUAUAAUACCUUUUCAUAUUACAUAGCAUUCAAAUACAUAUUUAGAAAUAAAAUAGUUGUGCUUCUUCGUGAAACUCAUUAAGAAAAAAAAUUUUUAAUUUUAUUAAAUUUAGAGACAGCUAAAAUCAUAAGAAAAAUUCCUAUAUUAAAUAAACAUACUAUUUAAAAUAUAAAUCUCUUGAAAGACUAAAGUGUAAUUAGUCUAAAAUAUGAUGCAGAUAAACUAGAAUUGUAUUAAAUCUCUACAGGCAGAUAAAUUAUUUAAUUCGAUAAAAUUUAAUUAAAUCCAAUCUUAUUAGAUGAAUAUGUAUUAUGUAUAAAAUAAGAUGAUAUCAAAUUAUUUGAAUUAAGUCAAUGA